UUUUUUUUUCUUGUUCUUUUCAUUCUUUAAACAUCAUAAUGUCCUCCUCUCUUGUCAGUGCUGCCCGGGAGGCACAGACUCAUGCUGCACUCCGCAACCUUCAAAACAAGAAGCCUGUCCCACAGAUCGACUUCACGAUCCAUACUAUGGACGAUGGCACUACUGCUUCCACUCUGGAGAGAUAUAGCAAAGAUGUACAAGCGCCUGCGGUCAAUAUCCCAACGGACGAUGUUUUCUACUCAAAAGAAUUUCCUGAUCGGCCGGAUAUCGCAUUCCUUAAAAAUCACUUUUAUCGCGAAGGGCGUAUUACCGAAGAGCAGGCUAUUUACAUCUUACAAAAAGGAACCGAGUUAUUAAAGAAGGAGCCUAAUUUGCUAGAAGUUGAUGCCCCUAUCACUGUCUGCGGAGACAUUCACGGCCAGUAUUACGACUUGAUGAAGCUUUUCGAGGUCGGAGGCAAUCCCGCGGACACAAGGUAUCUCUUUUUGGGAGACUAUGUUGACAGAGGUUAUUUCUCAAUCGAGUGCGUUCUUUACCUCUGGUCACUCAAGAUCUGGUAUCCUGAUACCUUAUUCCUCCUACGUGGAAACCAUGAGUGCAGACAUUUGACUGACUACUUCACCUUUAAGACAGAAUGCAAGCAUAAAUAUUCUGAAAGAGUUUAUGACGCUUGUAUGGAGUCGUUUUGUACAUUACCCUUGGCUGCCAUCAUGAACAAGCAAUUCCUGUGUAUUCACGGGGGACUCUCGCCUGAGUUGAAUACUCUUGACGAUUUGCGACAAAUUAAUCGGUUCAGAGAACCACCAACUCAUGGAAUAAUGUGUGAUCUUUUGUGGGCAGAUCCGUUGGAAGAGUUUGGACAAGAGAAAACGUCUGAAUUCUUUGUACAUAAUCAUGUCCGUGGUUGCUCCUACUUUUUUAGUUACCAUGCUGCUUGCGCCUUCUUGGAAAAGAACAGCUUACUCUCGAUCAUUCGUGCUCACGAGGCCCAAGAUGCAGGAUACCGUAUGUACCGCAAGACAAAGGCCACGGGAUUUCCUUCUGUGAUGACGAUCUUUUCGGCUCCCAAUUAUCUUGAUGUUUACAAUAACAAAGCCGCUGUAUUGAAAUAUGAGAACAAUGUCAUGAAUAUCCGUCAAUUCAAUGCGACUCCUCAUCCAUACUGGUUACCCAACUUCAUGGACGUAUUUACAUGGUCUCUACCAUUUGUCGGUGAAAAGAUCACAGAUAUGUUGUUGGCUAUUUUGAACACUUGUAGCAAGGAGGAGCUGGCAGAAGAUGAUAUGAUAUUAAACUUGACAGACGGAUCUAGUGGGGCCAUGGAGGUCGACACGACUCCUAUUGACUCAGUAAGUAGUCCGUCAGCCUCUUCGAUCACUGAUUUCAACAGCACAACUGGAACAUCAGGUGUGCUCAAUAAUGGCACAGGCCACCAGGAUGUCGAUAUGGUGGAUGCCGCUCGCGAGAGGGAGACCAAUAAAAGCCGCAUUCGCCAAAAAAUUUUGGCAGUAGCUCGUUUAUCUCGUGUCUUUGCAGUGCUUCGCAACGAGUCGGAGGCUGUUUCAGAACUGAAGGAUCUGAUGGGUACGACCAAGCUUCCAUAUGGAUCAUUGGCACUGGGAGCCGAAGGCCUCAAGAGAGCGAUUAACUCGUUCGAAGAUGCCAAAAAAUCUGAUCGGGAUAAUGAGAGGUUGCCUCCAACCAAAGAGGAGAAAACGAAGGAGGAGAGAAAGAAAAUUAUGAAAGCAAUUGAUAGUGCUGCUCAUACGCCACAAUCAGAACUUGAUGAAUUGGAUGCCAUGAAAAUGACUGGGGCGCUUUGAAAGAGUGAUAGCAGUGAUGCAUGGGCUGGUUGACAAGGACAACAAACGGCAUGUGGACAUGCAAAUAUAGUUUUUUUUUUGACUAUAAAAACUACCAGAGAAAAAGGUUAAAUAGACACA